UUUUUUUUUGAGAUGGAGUUUCGCUGUUGUCACCCAGGCUGGAUUGCAAUGUUGCAAUCUCAGCUCACUGCAACCUCUGCCUUCCAGGUUCAAGUGAUUCUCCUGUCUCAGCUUCUGGAGUAGAUGAGAUUACAGGCACACACCACCACGCCUGGCUUACUUUUGUAUUUUUAGUAGAGACAGAGUUUCGCCAUGUUGGCCAGGCUGGUCUCAAACUCCUGACCUCAGGUGAUCCACCCACCUUGGCCUCCCAAAGUGCUGUGAUUAGAGGUGUGAGCCACCACGCCCAGCAUGGAAGUUUGUAUUUAUUAAUUUUUGGUUGUCUUCAUCUGUGUGUGUGACUUUAACCCCUAAAUACUUCAGUGUAUGUUUCUUUUUUUUUUUGAGACAGAGUCUUGCUCCAUCACCCAGAUCACCCAGGCUGGAGUGCAGUGGUGUGAUCUCGGCUCGCUGCAACCUCCACCUCCUGGAUUCAAGCAAUUCUUGUGCCUCACCCUCCCGAGUAGCUGGGAUUAGAGGCAUGCCACCAUGCCCAGUUAAUGUUUGUAUUUUUAGUAGAGAUGGGGUUUCACCAUAUUGGCCAGGCUGGUCUUGAGCUCCUGGCCUCAGUUGAUCCACCUGUCUCAGCCUCCCAGAUUGCUGAGAUUACAGGCUUGAGCCACCAUAACCGGCCUCAGUGUAUAUUUCUGAUGCAGUUGAGUUCUGUAUCCCCUUCCAAUCUCAUCUCGAAUUGUAAUCCCCACGUGUUGAGGGCAGGACCUCGUGGGAGGUGAUUGGAUCACAGAGGUGGUUUCCCCCAUGCUGUUCUUGUGACAGUGAGUGGGUUUUCAGGAGAGCUGAUGGUUUGAAAGUGUGGCACUUCCUCUCUUUCUGUCUCUCUGUCACCUGCCACCAGGUAAGAUGUGCCUUGCUUCCGCUUCACCUUCCACCAUGAUUGUAAGUUUCCUGAGGCCUCCCCAGCCAUGCCAAACUACAGACUACCACGUGAACAUAAUGCACAUCCACGUGUUCGCAGCCUAUUUUGGGCUGACUGUGGCCUGGUGCCUGCCAAAGCCUCCAUCCGAGGGAACGGAGGAUAAAGAACAGAUACGAAACAGCACCAGUUUGUCUGCCAUGCUGGGCACCCUCCUCUUGUGGAUAUUCUGGCCAAGUUUCAACUCUGCUCUGCUGACAAAUCCAAUCGAAAGGAAGAAUGCCGUGUUCAACACCUACUAUGCUCUAGCAGUCAGCACAGUGACAGCCAUCUCAGUGUCAUCCUUGGCUCACCCUCAAGGGAAGAUCGACAUGACUUAUAUGCACAAUGCGGUGUUGGCAGGAGGCGUGGCUGUGGGUACCUCGUGUCACCUGAUCUCUUCUCCAUGGCUUGCCAUGGUGCUGGGUCUUGUGGCUGGGCUGAUCUCCAUCGGGGGAGCCAAGUGCCUGCCGGUGUGUUUUAACAGAGUGCUGGAGAUUCACGACAGCCACGGCGUGCACUACACCUUCGGCUUGCCGGCUCUGCUUGGAGAGAUCACCUGCGUUGUGCUGGUGGUGCUUCGUACCGUCUGGCCCGGCAAUUACAUGAUUGGCUUCCAGAUCCUCUUCAGCACUGGGGAACUCAGCUUGGCCAUGGCGAUAGCUCUCACGUCUGGUCUCCUGACAGGUUUGCUCCUAAAUCUUGAAAUAUGGAAAGCACCUCAUGUGGCUAAAUAUUUUGAUGACCAAGCUUUCUGGAAGUUUCCUCAUUUGGCUGUUGGAUUUUAAGCAAAAGCAUCCAAGAAAAACAAGACCCUGUUCAAAAACAAGACAACUUCCUUUCACUGUUGCCUGCAUUUGGACAUGAGAAACGCUCAUGACAGCAACGUCUCCUUAUGUACAAUGAAACAAGGUCAGAGACAGAUUUGAUAUGAAAAAAUAAAAGACUAAAAACUUAGUUUGAGUCAAUUUAAUAAGUUUAAAAUAAAUGUUUAGUUUCAUUAGGAUGAUGCUAUCAAUAUUUUCUUGGUUACAGACACAUUAUUAAAAUUUUGGGUUAAUUUUAUUGACAAUUCUUAAGAUUCUUUCUCAUGCUUAAUAAAGCAUUGCUACCCAGUUAACUCUUAUCUACAUCAGCAAAGCAGAUAAUACAAAACAGGAAAAUUACGAAUCACUGACACUUAGUCCUUGUGGGAAUCAUGCUUUUAUCCCAGCAGUUUCACAAGGUGGCUGGCAUUCCCUGAGCAUAUUAUGAAUUGCACUGUAAGAGGUUGUGCUCAGUUGUAGGGUGGGGGGAUGCACUGCCUGAGGAUUAAAAAACUAGUUCUGUGACCGUGAGGAAGUCAUUUAAAUUUCCAUGGUCUGUUCCCUCCUAUGUGAAAAGAGAAGGUGGACUUCAACCUCUAAGAUCUUCUCCAGUUUUCACAUUUUAUGGACCUUUGUAGAAAAAACAUCAGGAGUUCAUGUGGGAUGACAGCAAGUCAUUUCUUUGAGAAGAGUCUUGAUCACCAGGCAAUAUUCACAGCAUAGAGACUGUCAGAUGACGAUGGCUAGCAUGGAAAUGAGACCCACAUAUUUAAAUCACCCAGCAAAUAUUCCGAAGGCUAACUGUAGCACAUUUUAUGAAAGACAUUGCAAACUGUGGUCCUGAAGAGUGUAUCCCAUCUUGCAGAGGUGGGGAGCCUGUGGGGACAAGAGUUCUGAAGAGGAAGAGACAACGAGAGUUCCCAGUAGCUAAUGUUUGUCAUUCUAGUUGACUGUGCUGGUCUAUUAGGCUAGUGGUUCAGUACACAGAUGAAAUGAAACAUGGAACCCAGUUUAUUAUCAGAACAACUACAAAGAAAUUGUCCCCUGUGUAAGACUGGAGUGUCAAGUCUCUGCACCCUUUUUUCCUCUUUCCUUCAAUGGUGGGUGUGGAGUGACUGUGCGUCCCACCAGAACCACGUGUCAUGGCUGAGUCACAUCCUCCUGCCCUUGGAAUGAGAGGCACAGCGGAAGAGCUUCACACGGAAGGGACACGGGGAGACUGGUGCCUGGAUCAUGGUGCUUCUCUCUUCCAACACGUCCACUCACCCCUUGGGAGACCCUCAAAAGCCAGUUACAUUACAUGUUCACAGAAUUUUUGGUAAAAGUAAAUACCAAUUAUAGUGAGGAAGAACUUUGACCAUGAAAUAUUUUAAAAACUAAAAAAUGUUUAUAUUUCAUUUAACAUUUGACACAGAAGAGACCACAUUUGAAUAAACACAUUCAAUCUUCAGAGCACUUUCAUUGUGGUUUUGGACCUCAGAUAUGACAAAUACUUAUAUUGACAAAUCCAUAAUUUCUUUUGUAAUUUAUUUUUAUUUUUACAAAUUAUACCAUGAUAAAAUUUGACAAAAAUUAUUCAUGUGAAAGUUUCCUUUAACAUUUUAUAAGUUAAUCAAGUGCAUACCACAAUAGAUUUUUGGUUGUUGUUUAAAUAGGGUGUUCUCGUGAUUUUAGUAUUACACAACUUUAAGCUGAGACUACACUCAGAAAUAAGUUUAGAAAAUGGCAUUACAAAAGGUUGGGAGUGAGCAGUAAAAAAACAAACAAACCCAUGCAGGGCUGUUGUGCUGUGGGAAAUCAGAUGUGUUCACUGCCAUAAGUCUUCAGUGCGGCCAAACUUAAAAACCAGCCCUC